AAAAUGUCAACACAAAGUUACAAAAUACCUGGAAGCAGCCCGGGAUAUCUAAACAGGACCUGCCCCAACAUUCAUCCUAAUUUACAUACUCUUAGCUCGAACGCUCAGGCACGCGGCCAUUCCAAAAUUUACGCGUGCCAAAAUUUUCAUGCUUAUCUUUCCGCCGGAAGAGUCAUCAAAACGGCACAAAGCAACACGGGCCCUUUUCACGCCCCUUUUAUGCUCCGCACCUUAUUCAAACGAAACAUGUCCAUUAACCCGCUCCAGCAAAAGUGGCCGGCCCAGAAGGUCCGUCAGACCUUUUUGGAAUACUUCCAGAACAAACAGCACACCUUUGUGCCGUCCUCCUCCGUCGUGCCGUUCGACGAUCCAACCCUUCUCUUUGCCAACGCCGGGAUGAACCAAUAUAAACCAAUCUUCCUCGGGACCGUGGACCCGUCGUCCGACUUUUCUACUCUCAAGCGCGCGGUCAACUCGCAAAAGUGUAUCCGCGCCGGUGGUAAGCACAACGAUUUGGAAGACGUUGGCCGCGACUCGUACCACCACACCUUCUUUGAGAUGUUGGGUAACUGGUCGUUCGGCGACUACUUCAAGCAAGAGACGAUUGUCUGGUCCUGGGAGUUACUCACCGCCGUGUACGGCCUUCCAGCCGACCGCUUGUACGUGACCUACUUCGGCGGCGACGAGAAGCUUGGCUUGCCAGCGGACUUGGAGGCCAAGCAGAUGUGGUUGGAUGCCGGCGUGGCCGAGGACCACAUUCUCCCGGGCAGUGCUGAGGACAACUUUUGGGAAAUGGGCGACCAGGGUCCGUGUGGGCCAUGCUCCGAGAUCCACUUCGACAGAAUCGGCGGCAGAAACGCGGCACACCUCGUCAACCAGGACGAUCCAGACGUGUUGGAGAUCUGGAACAACGUCUUCAUGCAGUUCAACCGCGAGGCCGACGGCUCUUUGAGACCCUUGCCAGCCAAGCACAUUGACACCGGGAUGGGGUUCGAGAGAUUGGUCUCCAUCUUGCAGGACGUCAGAUCCAACUACGACACCGACUGCUUCCAGCCGUUGUUUGCCCGGAUCCAAGAGAUCACCGGUGCCAGAGCCUACACCGGCCACUUCGGUGCCGAGGACGUCGACGGUAUUGACACCGCCUACAGAGUGUUGGCCGACCACGUGAGAACCCUCACCUUUGCCAUCGCCGACGGUGGUGUGCCAAACAACGAAGGUAGGGGCUAUGUCUUGAGACGUAUCCUUAGACGUGGUGCCCGUUACGCCAGAAAGUACAUGGGCUACCCGAUCGGCAAGUUCUUCUCGCAGUUAGUGCCAACCUUGGUCGAGCAGGUCCAAGACAUUUUCCCCGAGGUUGCCAAGAACACUGCGGAAAUCUUUGAGAUUCUCGAUGACGAGGAAGCCUCCUUCGCCAAGGCCCUCGACCGCGGUGAAAAGUUGUUCGAGCAGUACGCCGCCACCGCCGUGGCCUCCGCGUCCAAGACCCUUGCCGGGAAGGAUGUGUGGAGAUUGUACGACACCUACGGUUUCCCUGUUGAUUUGACCAGAUUGAUGGCCGAGGAGGCGGGCUUGGAGAUUGACGAAGCGGCCUUCGAAAAGGCGCGUUUGGAAUCUUUGGAAGCCUCCAAGAAGGGUGGCAAGAACUCCAAGGGUGGUGAGUUGGUCAAGCUCGACGUUCACGCCUUGGCCGAGUUGGAAUCCAACACUGCCGUGCCAAAGACCGACGACUCCUCCAAGUACGUCGCCACUUCCACUGACGCCACUAUCGUUGCGCUUUACAACGGGAAGGAGUUUGUCAGUGAAAUCUCGGGUGACGCGCAGUUUGGUGUUUUGUUGAACAAGACUCCGUUCUACGCCGAACAGGGUGGUCAGGAGUAUGACACCGGGAAGAUUGUCAUCGACGGUGCCUCUCAGUUCGAGGUCGCCAACGUCCAGGUCUAUGCCGGGUAUGUGUUGCACACCGGUUCCUUGACCGAGGGGUCCUUGAAGGUUGGCGAUGCCGUCAUUGCCGAGUUUGACCUCGAGAGAAGAUUAUCCAUCAAGAAUAACCACACCGGCACCCACGUCCUCAACUACGCGUUGAGAGCCGUUCUCGGCAACGCUGUCGAUCAGAGAGGGUCGCUCGUCUCCCAGGAGAAGUUGCGUUUCGAUUUCACCCACAAGGCCGGGUUAGCCGUGUCAGAGGUUGAGAAGAUCGAGGCCAUCUCCAACGAGUACAUUACCAAGAACUUGGGAGUCUUUUCCAAGGAUGUUGCCUUGGAGGUUGCCAAGGGUAUCACUGGGUUGAGAGCUGUCUUCGGUGAGACCUACCCUGACCCGGUCAGAGUCGUGUCCGUCGGUGUCCCAGUCGAGGAUUUGUUGGCCAACCCGGCCAACGCCGAGUGGAAUAACUACUCCAUCGAGUUCUGCGGUGGUACUCACGUUGGUAAGACAGGCGAAAUCAAGCACAUGGUUCUUAUCGAAGAGAACGGUAUUGCCAAGGGUAUCCGUCGUAUCGUGGCGGUUUCCGGUAAGGAGGCUGCCGAGGUUCAGAGAAUUGCCGCUGCGUUCGAUGCUAGCUUGGAUGCCGUGUCCAAGAUGGUGUUUGGCGAAGCCAAGCAGACUGCGGUCAAGGAGUUGGGUGUCCAGUUGAACCAGUUGUCCAUCUCCAUUUUGGACAAGAAUCAGUUGAAAACCAAGUUCGCGGCCGUUGACAAAUCCAUCAAGGAUGAGGUCAAGGCUAUCCAGAAGGCUGAAUCCAAGUUGACUUUGGACACGGUCAAGAACCACUUUACCGUUGAGGGCACCGUCCCAGAGUACUUGGUGGCUCACAUUCCAAUUUCUGCCAACGCGAAGGCGCUCACCGAGGCGAUCAACUUGAUGAAGAAGGACAAUAAGGAGAAGUCCAUCUACUUGUUUGCAGGUGACAAAGCUACCGGUGGAAAGGUUGCCCAUGGUUGUUACAUCUCCGAUGCGGCGAUUGCCAAGGGUGUCGAUGCUUCCAAGGUUGCCCAGUUUGCUGCUGGUUUUAUCGGUGGCAGGGCUGGUGGUAAGGGCAACGUUGUCCAGGGUAUGGGUGAAAACGUAGCGGGAAUCGAUGAGGCGGUGGCUGAGGUUGAAAAGUUGUUGAGCCAGAAGUUGACCAUCUAAGUAACUUAAUUUAUGAUUGUAUAUAUUGGUUGUGUAGAGUGCAAAAGUAUACGGUCACCGGGUUUGAGAGAUUAACAGUAAGUUGAAUGGGAAAGCGGG